UCGGUCGUAGAUGCUCUUUCGAUCCCAGCGCAAUCCAAACCCACAGAUCUGAGCUUCUGACUUGCGAGCACGGCGAGCUCGCGCUAGCCGGCGAGAUGGAGGCGACGGCGGUGAGCAUCGGGAAGGCCGUGCUGAAUGGCGCGCUGGGCUACGCCAAGUCCAAGGCCGCGGAGGAGAUGGCGCUGCAGCUCGGCGUCGAGGACGACGUCAGCUUCAUCACCGACGAGCUGGAGAUGAUGCAGUCCUUCCUGAUGGCGGCCGACGAGGAGAGGGCCCAGACCAAGGUGCUCACCACCUGGGUGAAGCAUGUCCGGGACGUGAGCUACAACGUCGAGGACAACCUUGUGGAUUUUGAGAUCCACGCGGGGCGAGAGAAGCCUCCUAUUCUGGGCUGUGUUCCACGGAACAUGCGCCACCGUCGCCGCAUUGCCAAGGAGGUGAAGAAGCUCAAGGCCAAGGUGGAGGACGUCAGCAACAGGAACCUGCGCUACCGACUCAUCAAGGAUGGCGCUGGAGGCUCCAAGCCCAGUAGCGUCGGGGUCGAGCAGGGCGGCACUGCUGGGGAUGUGACGUCUAUGUUUGGCAUUGAUGAAGCAUGGCGUCAGGCCCUGGAGCCAAAGAUGGACCUUAGCCAACUGAUCACCAGUGCAGAGGUGGACCUUCGAGUGAUUGCGGUGUGGGGAACAAAUUCUGAUCUCGGGAAGACAUCUGAAAUCUCAAAGGUCUUUGAUGACCCAGAUGUAAAGAAAAAGUUUGGAUGCACUGCUUGGUUGAGAUUGAUGCGCCCUUUUGAUCAAAAGGGAUUCCUCCAUAGCAUUGUGAGGCAGUUCUAUGUAAAUUCUUCUCAAGUGCAGCAACCUGGUAUUGCUCAAGAAGAAACAGUUGUUGGAGCAGAUGUUCUAAUGAAGAUGGAGAAGAUGGAGCAGAUUGAUCUGGUCCGUGAAUUUUGUGCACAUGUGAGCAGUAACAACUACCUGAUUGUGAUUGAUGACCUUUCGACAAUAGACGAGUGGCAUUGUAUCAAAACCUAUUUCCCUGACAAGAAGAACCGAAGCAGAAUUGUUGUUGCCACGCAAAAAAUUGAAAUUGCCAGCUUGUGUACGGAGCAACCAUAUCAAGCGUCUGAACUAAAGCAGUUAUCAUCGGAUCAGAUUCUUUAUGUGUUCCACAAGAAGUUUGAGAAGUCUGAAAUGGAUUCUAGUGAGCCCAUCUCUGUGUCAACAGCUGCGACUACUGUAGGAAGCUCAUUGAUGUCCACCAAUGAGAAUGAGAAUGUGAAUGAGAUACAGGAGGAAGGGGGGCAACAACCACAGGGUAUGGGUAGCGGAAAUGCUUUGUCCACCACCUCAGCAGUUGAAAAAAUGAAGCUUGAUCGCAGCAACACGAUAGUCAUCCCUGAAGACGUUAUUGUUGGGCGAUCGACAGAAAAACAAAAGGUCAUCAAUUCAGUUGGUCAACCAAACGACAACACUAGUAGCUUGAAGGUGAUCUCUGUUUGGGGAAUGGGUGGUAUUGGAAAAACUACUCUUGUGAGGACUGUCUACCGAAGCCAACAGCUUGGCGGAUGGAAACGUGCUUGGGCUACUGCACUGCGUCCUUUUAGUCCUGAUGCACUUCUUCGAAAUCUUUGUUUGCAGCUCCUAAUAGGUAUCCAAGAAGAUUCAAUGGCUGGUGGAGAUACACAAAAGAAGAAGAAUGUUGGAACAAUGGGUUUCCAAGACAUGAUUAUUGAAUUAUCACAACUUCUUGAGAAGCAAAAGUGCCUGAUUGUUCUGGAUGAUCUAUCUUCCAAUCAGGAAUGGGAUUCCAUUAAAGAUUACUUGGCAAAAGCUAGAAGAGUCAUACUCACCACGAGGGAAAAAACUGUCGCCAAACAUUGUUCCGGUGAUGAUGGGAAUAUGCACUGCCUUAAUGGCCUUGAAGAUGAUGCAGCAUUUGAGCUGUUCAAAAAGAAGGUAUUUAAGGAUGCUAGAAGUUUUGAUUUGCACCCUGGUAUGCUGGAUCAAGCUAACCUUAUCCUAAAGAAAUGUGAUGGACUCCCCCUUGCAAUAUCGACUAUAGGUGGCUAUCUAGCAAAUAAGCCUAAAACUGCAAUGGAGUGGAGAAAGUUAAAUGAAGGCUUAAGCGCCGAGCUGGAGAUAAAUCCUGAGUUAAAGAUGAUAAAAACAGUCCUUAUGCGGAGCUAUGAUGGCCUGCCAUAUGGUCUAAAAUCUAGUUUCUUGUACUUGUCUAUUUUCCCAGAAGACCAUAUAAUCCAGCGUAAACGUGUGGUGAGGAGAUGGAUUGCCGAAGGUUAUUCAAGAGAGAUGCAACACAUGGCAGCCGAGCAAGUAGCAGGCAAGCAGUUUGAUGAGCUUCUUGACCGGAGUAUGAUCCUACCUUUGGAAGCAAGAACUCCUGGAAGCAUUGACUCUUGCCAGCUCCAUGACCUCAUCCGUGAAAUCUGCGUGUCAAAGGCAAGGGAGGACAAUCUUGUUUUUACACUAGAGGAAGGAUGUAGCUUGGGCGGUGUACAAGGAGCAAUACGCCACCUUGCCAUAAGUAGCAACUGGAAGAGAGACAAAGAGGUGAUGCAGAGGAUGCUGGACUUGUCACAUAUACGGUCAUUAACUGUGUUUGGUGAGUGGAGAUCAUUUUUCAUAUGCAGUAAGAUGAGGUUCGUGCGAGUGCUGGAUUUGGAGGACACCGUAGGACUCAGAGAUCAUCACCUUGGUCGAAUUGGGGAGCUCCUUCACCUAAGGUAUCUUUCUCUGCGUGGAUGUAGGAGUAUCUUUGAAUUACCAGAUUCGUUCGCAAAUUUGAGGCAGCUGCAGACGCUCGACAUCAGAGGUACACUCAUAUGGAGAUUGCCAGUAGGUGUCACCAAGCUUCAGAAGCUACAAUACCUUCAUGCAUCUGGUUGCUCAUAUUUAGGGCUAUUUAGGGAUGACAAAUUUGGGGAUGACAUAUUUAGGGAUGACAUAUUUUCGACGUACAGACAUUUCAUACCCGUGGAGUACGAUAUGAGGUACAGACGUCUCAUACUCCAAGCAAGGGAGAUGUACAGAUCGCAGUGGCUAGAGCAUCACACGCCUUGUGUUUGUUGUGUAUAUGCUCUUUCCGCAUGCAAUCUACUCCGCGCAAUGGGCCAUCUUGUCUGGAGACCGCAGCGGCUAGAGCAUCACAUGGAAAGGACCAGAACACAUGUUUUGGAGGAGGCUGUGAGUAGGCAUGACAUAUGCAACUUACACUGCUACUUUACGACGUAUGAUGCAGAAUCUCACAAGCUAUAUGGCAUUAAAGUCCCGAGAGGGAUUUCCAAAUUGAAGGCCUUGCACACACUACGUGACAUCAAUGUUGCAUGGGGAAAUGCUGCGAUUCAAGAGCUCGGAGAGCUCACUCAGCUGCGUAAGCUUGGAGUGGUUGGAGUCAUCAGGACGAACAACGGCAAGUUUUGGCCUGCAAUUGCUGAACACAAUCAACUUCGGUCUCUAUCUGUAGAUUUUGAAGGUAGCAGUUCUCCUUAUGUUGAGUCAUUAGAUGAUUGCUUGGGCGGAAAUUUGAUGCCACCAAAAUGCCUUGAGAGCCUCAAGAUGCGCGGUAUGUUAAUCAAGGUAACAGAAUGGGUCCAUUGGCUUCAGAACCUAUCAAAGCUUCAGCUUCAGUAUACACAACUGAAUCAAGAAGCCUUAGAAGCCAUUGGGAAGCUACCAAAUCUUGUGGUUCUGCGUCUGAGCUGGAGGUCAAUCUUGCGGUCUAAGCUGUGCUUCCCAGGCCCAUCUUUCCCGAGUAUCUUGGUGCUGGAGCUUAGUUAUAUCCUCGAAUUGUUGGAAUUUGAGCGAAACGCAACGCCUAACCUCGAGGUGCUAGUGCUACAGGGAACUGUGUGGUGCAACAGUCGUUUGAGGGAAGUUUCUGGGCUAGAGUUUCUCACAAGCCUCAAGGAGAUUCGGCUGGAUAGUGAUCGUGCCAAGGAAUUAGUGCAGAGCAAACUUGCAGAGUACUCAAACAAUGUUACCAUCAAGAUGCUGUAACCGAGAUGUUGGAGUUCACAUCGACCUCAAGCUGUCACGCGGCAACCUCUUACAUUGCUGUACUGCCCCUUAUAUUUUCCUUUGUUUUCGUGCAUAUCAAUAUCAUACUGUACGCUGAGUUGGUCAUCUAACAAAACCGAUUGUAUUGCACGAUCAGAUAAACACAUUCAUUUGUCGAUCUGAAGAUAGACACAUUCGUGCAUGCUACAAAUAUUUGGUUACUGA